GUGUCUCAGAGGCUGCGCUCCUUCCAUAGCCGGAGGACGUACAGCUCCCUCCCCAGCCUGCCUGUGCCAACAACCCCCCAGAAGUUGUGAUGCUUUUCUUUACCCAGUGCUUUGGGGCUGUGUUAGAUCUCAUUCACCUCCGCUUUCAGCACUACAAAGCUAAACGGGUUUUCUCCGCUGCUGGGCAACUUGUCUGCGUCGUCAACCCUACGCACAACCUAAAGUAUGUCUCCAGCCGCCGUGCCAUCACUCAGAGCACGCCAGAGCAAGGCAGCUUCCCCCCUCAUCACCUCACCCACCACCACCGCCACCACCGGCCCCACUGCCACCUCCAUCACCACCGGCCCCACCUCCUCCACCACCAAGAAGCAGGGCUGCACACCGCCCGGGUGACACCCUGCAUGUGCCCCUUGUUCUCCUGUCAGUGGGAAGGCCACCUGGAGGUGGUGGUGCCGCACCUGCGCCAGAUGCACAGGGUUGACAUCCUUCAAGGAGCAGAGAUAGUCUUCCUGGCCACGGACAUGCACCUCCCCGCGCCAGCCGACUGGAUCAUCAUGCACUCCUGCCUCGGCCACCACUUUCUGCUGGUGCUCAGGAAGCAGGAGAGGCAUGAAGGGCACCCCCAGUUCUUUGCCACCAUGAUGCUGAUCGGGACCCCCACCCAGGCCGACUGCUUCAACUAUCGCCUGGAGCUCAACAGAAACCAUCGGCGCCUCAAAUGGGAGGCCACCCCGCGGUCUGUCCUUGAGUGUGUGGACUCAGUGAUCACCGACGGGGACUGCCUCGUCCUCAGCACCUCACUAGCCCAGCUCUUCUCUGACAAUGGCAGCCUUGCCAUCGGAAUUGCUAUCACUGCCGCAGAGGCCUGUGCCGCAGAAGCCGAGACGUGAAGCGUGAGGCCAGCCAGUGCUCCCACACGGCCACCGCUCCACCGGGAGACGCUGCCUGGGCCUCCUGAUCUCCCAAGGCCAGGGCUCCAGACUCCUUUUUAUUCUUCUCCCUCCUUCCGUCCUUUCUUUUUCUGUCUCAGGUACUUUGUGGUAUUUAGUAUUUGUUUGCCAUGAGCAUUACAUUAUGUAAACAUCUUGUGAUUCAAGAUCUUGGUGUGAUAUUUGUCCUGAUUUGUUGGUAUAGUUUUAUAGAACAGUUUUAAUCAGAAUGGUUAUUUCCUGCCACCCCCAAUUCCCUUCUCCACUGCUUCCAAAAUGAGCAAAAGUCACUGGGACCAUGCAGAGUUGCCAGGAGAGUUAGCAUCCAAAUCAUUUCUUCCUUCUCUUUUCGGUCUAUUUCAGAGUAAGCUAACUCUGAAAUGUGUGAGGAUAGCAGGUUGGAGAAGGGGACCUGGUCAGUUCAGAGAGGUAGUUCACACCAAGCAGACACAACUCUGCCACCUCCCAAGGACACGCAGGGGCAGGGCUGAGCUGCAGGACAUGAGGAGACGGCAUCUCCCCCGAAGUCCCGGGCAUGGGGCUGGAGGGACCAUCAUGGGAUAAGCUUGAUCCUGGAGCUUAGUGGGUGGGCACAUGGUGAGCCCUCUGCUGGCAACCUGCCAUGGGCUUGCUCUUGGCCUGGCCCAUCUUUUCCUGCUCUGGAAUCAAGGUCCUCAAGUGGCAGUGCUUUCUUGAAAACUUCUUGGCGCUUGGUUGAGCUGGUAGUAAAAAAGGAUGGAUAGGCAAGACAGGGGUGGGCCGGCAGAGAAGCAGCUUUAAAAAACAAAGGAUAAAAUUAAUUUCCCACCUCUGGGAGGGUUUUCUCUGCUCAGAGAGUUUUAUUAUCAAGUUAUAAAAUCCAUCAAUCCUUUCACUAAGGUGGAGCACUUCUGCAUUGUGCAAAGAAUUUACUUUGCUCUCGAUACUUUGUUAAACCAGAACCACAACUCAGCAUCAAAGGCAUGAAACUUGGACAGUGUUCCUGGGACUCUGGAGGUCAGAGGCCACUCACACACCUGGGAGGGUCCUCUUCCCUGUCCUUGUUUCUCAGACACUCCGAGGGCCCCAUUCAGCAUGCAAACGGUAUCACUGGUCAGCUAUGCAUUCAGCAGCCUGUGGCAGUGUGAAUGGAAAGGCAACAAAAAUCCAUCUUGCCUCUGUGUAGACUGCUUUCUCUUACUUGUCUCUCUGAACAGUUCAGCCUCUUCUCAUGAAAGCCUCUUGGGUAUUCGAACAAAGUAAGCAUGUUUAGUCAACUUUGUCUCUUCUAUUCAAAGGCAAAUACCUUUAAGCCUUCCCAGAAAGCCCUCUCCUGCUUCUGCCACUCUUUGUCCCCUUGGCCCCUCUCUGCUGCUGGGAAGCUCAGCACCCAAGCCCUGCCAACACUCAUCAGGAUCGAGGGGGCCUUUUACCAGCCAGAUGGCGUCUGCACCGUUGCCUCACCUUCGUUGUCUUGACCGGACCCUGGCAGUACUUAGUUUCAGGCAGCUUGUCCUGACUGGACAUCAGCAAUCUUUCCCACCAAAACUAAUUUAUCCUGAAGCAUAACUCCCUCUCCCUGACAACUGGGUAAUCCUCCAGCCACCCACGCUGCCAACCCAUGCUCUAAGCCCCAGAUGGGUGGUGCCAGUGAGCAAAUCCCAUAACACAGCCCCCUCUAGUCACACAGGAAUUGCUGGGACUCUGGGGGCUUUCAUUAGGUUAGAGCCCUAAGGGGACCAAUAAACAUCAUGUCCACUGACUGAGUCAAAUAUCAGGUCCACUGUCCUGAGGAAAGGGUUGUAAUCCUUUUGGUCAGUCAGCACAUCCCACCAGGGCACCACCUCCCCUGGUGGCCACCCAGGAACAAGCAGAGGCUGGCUGGCCAGCACCAGGAGAGACAUGGCUCCGCACCUUACCCACAGGCUGUUCCCCAGAACUUCAGACCUCCUUGCCUCUGAGUCUGAAACCUCUGGAAGCCACAUUUCCUCCCCUGGUUUCUGCUAUGCAACCAGUUUGAAAACAUUUAUGUAUCAUCACAGGUGCCCCCGAUAAACAAACUCAACCUCAGUUACCGUUCCCAGGCCUUAGGGCUCCUGCAGACAUCACCUCUGCCUUCUUGUGCCAAGUUACCUCAGCAAAACUUGGCCUAACUUCAGGUUGUUAUUAUUAUCACACAUGAAACUGUAUUAUGAACAAGUGAUCCCAGAUAGGAACUGCUAUUUUUGGUUCCUGAAAACUUUUUGCAAAAAGCAUAGAAAAUGUGUGAUUUUCCAUCUGUGGUGCUCCCAAGGCCUUCUUCUCUGUAUCCACAUGUGAAGAAUUGAAAAGGAACAAACUAAAAACAAUGACCAGGAAACAGAAACUGGUACUAACACAGUGGGCUGUGUGGGGCUUUAUGGUCACAAAGGGCUCCCUCAUUUGCAUCUUAGGUUAAUCUUCAUCAUCAUCCUCACUAUACUAAAAAAACAGAGGUUUAGAGACAUGAAAUUACCUUCCCAAGGUCACACAUCAAAUGCUUGGCUGGACUAGAGCCCAGCCAGCCAUCUGCAAACUUGGUGUUCCUGAAACAGGAAGACUGACUCCAGAUAUUCAGAAAUGUUCCUGCCCCAUCAGCGGGCUGUGGGCCUGAGGGCCAACUGGGUCUUGGCUCUGGGAUACUUGGGGAAGCAAGGAAAGUGAGACUGGAGUGGAUUUGCUUUUAGAGGCAAGUCAGCUUGCAGAAUUGGUCAACCUGGUAGCAGAGGGUUGGGUGGUGGGGUGGGGAACCAGCCUGUGAGGUUUUUGGUGCCCCUAGACCUCAUCAACACUCAUGUACUGACUUAAUAACUCACCCUCUAAGGAGUAUUUGCAUUUGAAAGUUGUCCUAGAGAGAGCUGCACCUAACAGCAGAAAUGAGUUGCCAGUAUUUGAACUUCCACUGUGAGAAAGAUUUUUUCAGGAGGUGUAGACAUUCCUCCACUUGAGGCUGAGUCUACGUAAGUGGUUCAUGCUAAAAUAGAUGUCAGGUCAUGCAAGGACGAUUGUCUUUAACAAUCUUUCUCUGCAUGAACUUGUACCUGAGACAGAUCCCAUCACUACCUGUGCUACCAUGGACAUUUUAGAAAUGGAUCAGGUUAAUAAUAAUAGUAUUCAUGGCUACCAUUUACUGAGGGUUUACUAUAUGACUCAGUGUGCUAAGUACUUUGAAUAUAGUAUCUCAUUUAAUCUCAAGAACAACCUUAUGACGCAGGUACUAUUAUUGUACCCACGAGACACUUAAGCUAAGAGAGGUUAGACACUUGUUUAAGGUCACAGCUAGCAAAUGGUAGAGUGAGGUCUAGAACCCAGCAUGCCUGGCUCUGAAGUCCAGGCUUCUGACCACUGUCAGCUAUGUCAUUCCUACGAAUUCAAGCAGUCAAGGCUCAGGACUCAGUCAUCAAGUCCUUUUAGUGCUUCAGUACUAAGUGUGCCUGCCACUUCUCUGCCUCCAUCUUUUCCUGACCCCGGACAGUGGUGUACUAGUGCUGCCCUGCAUACUGAUUGUUAAAUGUUUUUUUAGGAAUUUUUCAAACUGAUUGCUAAGCACAGCCAUUAU